AUGCCGCCCGAGCGGCAGUACCACGCCAACAAUGGCCGUCAUGCUACUCACGCUGCCAUCGUGGCCCCCAGGGAACGAUCCGCCAUGCCUGGCACCCCCUCCCGAAAGGAACGGCAGCGAGAGAGCUCAGCGGUACAGGAUCCCGGACUGAAAGAUUAUAGGUUAGGUGAAUGUAUUGGUAAAGGGGCAUUCGGGUCCGUUUACAAGGCCUUCAACUGGAGUACUGGCGAAGCUGUUGCCGUCAAGCAGAUUAAGCUGGUCGAUUUGCCAAAGAGCGAGUUGCGGAUGAUUGAGAGCGAAAUCGACUUGCUCAAGAAUCUUCUGCACGACAAUAUUGUAAAAUAUAUUGGCUUCGUAAAAUCAACGGAUUGCCUCAACAUCAUCCUGGAGUACUGCGAAAAUGGUUCAUUGCAUUCGAUACUGAAAGCCUAUGGCAAAUUUCCUGAAAACCUUGUUGGCGUCUACAUGACCCAGGUUCUUCUAGGUCUACAGUACCUUCAUGACCAGGGCGUCAUUCACCGAGAUAUCAAAGGCGCCAAUAUUCUUACCACCAAGGAUGGCACGGUCAAAUUGGCAGAUUUUGGCGUUUCUACUAGCACACUUGCAGGCGGCCAGGAUAAAGAGGCUCAAGUUGUUGGUACUCCCUACUGGAUGGCGCCAGAGAUCAUUCAACUGUCUGGUGCCAGUUCCGCCUCUGACAUAUGGAGUGUUGGAUGUACCGUGAUCGAGCUGUUGCAGGGGAAACCGCCAUAUCACAACCUGGCAGCCAUGCCAGCGCUUUUCGCAAUUGUCAACGAUGACCAUCCUCCCCUGCCCGAGGGCAUAUCACCUGCACCCGACAACUUCAACCAAGCAGUCGAAGAAGUGAAGCAGUGGAACAAAGCUCUGAACUCCUCCGAGCCUGCACUUCGAUCGUCUACUGGGUCCGAUACCACUGGGACGUCGUCCCGAUUCGUCGGCGGGACCCCUGGUAAAGGUCCAAUGGGGGUUGGUAAACCCAGACUUGGUGUUGAAGCGUUCAAAACGGCAGAGCAGUCAGAUAACGAUAAUUGGGACGACGAUUUCGUCACCGCCAUCUCACCAAGCGCACUGCAUCUGCCUCACCUGAAACCCCAGGACAACUUUGGAGGUCUACUAUCAAGCGACAAGCUCAAGGCCUUUGCAUCUACUAAUGACCUGAGAAUAGAUACCGACAACUACGACGAUGACUUUGAGGGCGAGCUGCUUACUAUCAAAGGUCCUGUUCAGCAACGGGACGAAACUCAGGACCGGACUCUUCGGCCAAUCCAGAAGACGUCAGUUCCUAGUACAAAUGCCAAGUCCCACCAACGCAAAAAAUCUUUGGGUAGAGCAACUGCACAGGCCCCCGUUCGCUCUGUUUCCAAAUCGCCGUCAAAAGGCCAUUUUGGGAGCAAGUUUGAGCUACCUCCUCGCCUAGACGUGGUAUACCGAGAGCAGAGUGUAGAAGAUUUCUCCGACUUGUUCGUGGAUAAUGAUGAAGCCUUCAGUCACAGAGUCAACAGAGCAGUCAGAAGGGGAUCUCGCGCGACCGAUGCACCCCAACUCUUUCAUCCGUCAGACUUGACAAGUCUUCCCCGUUCUAUGCAGGCUCCCGACGGCAGCGUCAGGAAGAGGCCACCUUCACGGCCCUCCGUACUCCCCGAUCGACCCAUGCGCCGCACUCGCUCAUCCAUAGAGAUUCAAAAAUUCGCCGAGGACGAUGACGAAGACUUCUCUGAUGUUUUUGGCGCCAGUGACUCUGUAGCUGAGAAGGAAGAAAGUGAGCGCAGCUCUGAAGAUGGUGGUCUGAUGCUGUUAUCAAAGAUUUCAAGCAACUCCUGGCUUGGAGAUGAUGAAGAAGAAUAUGAUCCAUUUGCUUCCAUGGACCCUGGUUGGGAUGAGAUGGACCUAGAAGCAAACAUUGCGAGAGACAGGCACGCUCGUUUAGCAGAAAAGGUUGAAGACCUUGUUAGUUCGCUAAAGACGACUGAGGCCGGCGAUACGCUAUCUGAAGUGUCUGAAGACUUGCUGGGCUUACUGUGGGAAAACAAGGAGGUGAAGAAUUUAAUUAUCAGCGCGCACGGCUUGCUACCGAUCCUAGAGAUUCUCGAGCCGUGCACCGUCAAGGCCAGGCAGUAUAUGAUACUGCAGUUGCUCAAAGUCGUCAAUGCGAUCAUUCUCGACGAUGUAGAAAUUCAGGAAAACCUUUGCUUCGUGGGUGGCAUACCCAUCAUUACGAAAUUUGCAGCUCGCCAAUAUUCAGACGAAAUUAGACUUGAGGCGGCUGCUUUUGUGCGGCAAAUGUACCAAACCAGUACUUUAACCCUUCAAAUGUUUGUGUCCGCCGGUGGUUUGAAUGUUCUAGUCGAGUUUCUGGACGAGGACUAUGACGGCGCCAGAGACUUGGUGCUCAUUGGAGUAAACGGCAUCUGGAAUGUGUUCGAACUACAGGGCCCGACCCCGAAGAACGACUUUUGCAGGAUUUUCUCCAGAAGCAAAAUUCUGUACCCCCUGGCAUUGGUGCUACACCGAGUCCUGGAUGAGGAAGAUGAAGAUGAGUUGGGCGAGCUCAUAGAGGGGCGAAUCGUCAACAUAUUCUACCUCUUCAGCCAGGCAGAAAAUUAUGUCAAAGAGGUGGUGGCUGAUCGACAGGUUCUCAAGAGCGUCCUCAAGGACCUACGACGCAUGAUGCCAAUCCACCAAGUCACGAUGCUCAAGUUCAUCAAGAACUUGUCAAUGCUCUCGACAACCAUUGAAACCCUUCACUCGGCAGACGCUAUAGAAUUCCUCAUCGACCUGCUUAGCUACAGCAUGAAGAAGGGCCAAAAGCAUUUCCGUGAAAUAUCUAACCAAGUACUCAAUACGUUGUUCAAUCUCUGCCGGCUCAGCAAGGAACGCCAAGAAGACGCAGCUGUCGGAGGCAUCAUUCCCUUGCUGCUGCGAAUCAUGCAGACCGACCGCCCGCCCAAGGAGUUUGCUCUGCCCAUCCUGUGUGACAUGGCACAUUCUGGGUCCAAGGGACGGCGCUAUUUGUGGCAGAACAAGGGCCUUGACUUUUACGUGUCCCUAUUGACCGACCAGUACUGGCAGGUCACCGCCUUGGAUGCAAUCUUGGUAUGGUUCCAGGAGGAGACGGCCAACGUGGAAAAUCAUCUCAUUGACGGCAACUUUACGCGAGCAAUCGUCAGCUGCUUCAGCACGAACAAACUCAACGCCUUUGACUCGAACCUGCUUGAACCGCUUCACAAGCUGCUGCGCCUCAGUCCGUCAACAGCGGCAUCACUAGCAAAGCCGGAGAUGUUUGCCGGCAUUGCCCAACGACUGGGCCACAAGAAACCCGUCGUACGACUGAACUUGCUGAGACUGGUUCGCAUCAUCAUGGACGCUUGUGAGCCUGGCCUGGGCAGCGGCGACGGAUCUCGCACUCUCAACAGCAGACAAGUUCGGUCGCUCAUGGACUCGAUCCAGACACUGGCCGAGACUGAUUCCGCCGUCCUCGUCCGCAACCUGGCGGCAGAACUCGUCAAGUCUCACAUCGACGGCAGCUCGGGCAUGCUCCUCUUGCGCCACGACAGUGGCCCGUCGUCAGCGUCGCCGCAAGUCAGUUCCGCGUUGUCAUCGAGAAGAGUCACGCGCCGCAACACGAGCUACACCCCUCCCAGCCUCCAGCCGUCCAUAUCCACGCCGCAGACGCCCACCCAUCGCAGCAGAACCAGUCUCGCAAGCAACGCAGGCGCAUUCGUCGAGGUGGCCGCCAGUCCCCGCCGCACGGCAGCCGCCUCGGUUCUCGAACGCGACGCCAUCUACCACCGCCCCCGCAGCCGCGACAGCACAACCGGCUUGGUACCAACCGGCAUUCCCCGCCGCGUCAGCGGCGACUCGACGUCGUCCAUGAGCAGCUCCACGACCACCGGGUCUACCGGACCGUCCAAGAGCCGCCUCCCGCACACCUCAUCCCUCGCCGGCCGGCCUUCGGGUGCUUCGUUCUCCAUUCUGAGAGGUGAUCUCGCGCCGCCCAUGGUCGUCCGCAGCGACAGCAGCGCCAGCAACAAGGAGAACAGCGCAUCUGGCAACGGCCAUUCAGCAGCAAGCGUAUCACGUCCAAACUCGUCGCGCGACGGAACAGCCGUGACUGCGCCGGUAGGGGGGCCAAAGCGACGGCAGAGAGCACCAAGCGAAUUGAAGUGGUCUUAUAGAGAUGCAAAGUGA